AUGACACAAACUCAAGUUCAACAAUUGCCACAAACUCAAGUUCAAAAACACUACAAACUCAAGUUCAAACACGAAACAAACUCAAGUUCAACCAAACUCAAGUUCAAACACACCACAAACUCAAGUUCAAAACCACCACAAACUCAAGUUCAAACACGACACAAACUCAUGUUCAACAAACGCCACAAACUCAAGUUCAACAAUUGCCACAAAUUAAAGUUCACUAAAAACCACAGACGCAAGUUCAAAAAACACCACAAACUCAAGUUCAAACACGACACAAACUCAAGUUCAACUAACACCCAAAUCUCAAGUUCAAAAACACCACAAACUCAAGUUCGAACACAACACAAACUCAAGUUUAACAAAAACACAAACUCAAUUUCAAACACGACACAAACUCAAGUUCAAAUGCAACACAAACUCAAGUUCAACAAACACACAAAGUCAAGUUUAAAAACACCACAAACUCAAGUUCAAACACGAAACAAACUCAAGUUCAAAAACACCACAGUCAAGUUCAAACACAACACAAAAAAACCACAGACGCAAGUUCAACAAUUGCCACAAACUCAAGUUCAACAAACCUAA